AUGAUUCUGAAGUCAGCGUUGCCCGAUUUGGAGAUACCUGCCAAGACAUUUCAUGAAUUCUUGUUUGAAGAGUGGAGAAAGUUUGGUGAUGACUUGGCAGUUGUGAGUUUUUUCUUCAAUUGUUUCUCGGAAAGUCAAUUUUCUUAUCGGCAUACGUUCAGAUCGACAAUGACUCAAAAGAUCAGUUCACUUUCAAUGAAAUCAUGGAGAAAGCAGAUUUCAUCGCUCGCGCUCUGAUCUAUCUCCGAGUUGAAAAAAGCGAAGUAGUGCUGUUAGUGAUGGACUGGUCACCAGCUGCCAUUUACAUUUCGCUGGGUGUUUCGAUGGCGGGCGCCGCGGUUCAAAUAGUCAGUCCAAAGCUUCAAGCGUGGGAAAUGCAGUUCCCGGUUCGUAUCAGCGAGUCUCGCUUCGUGUUCUCUGAUUCUCUAGGCCUGGCAGAAAUUGACAAGUUGAUGAAGACAUUGAAUAGAGAAUAUCGAGUAAGAAUGUAAUUUAGAAUUGUUCAAUUGAAUCCUUGGGUUCAGAUUGUGUGCACAGGAACUCGAGAAUUUGCAGCAGAAUAUCCAAUCAUAGAGGAUCUUACUUUCGCCGCCGAACAGAACCUUCCAUUGCCGAAUAUCAAUCCAGAAACAGAUGCUGUGUACCUACCGUACUCUAGUGGAAUUCACGGAAAACGAAAGUGUAUUCUAACCACUCACCAGAUAAUGGUGGCAAAGACUAUGGUCAUGUGGAAGUACGUAAUUUAACACAAAUUUUCCGAAAAGCUUGACCGAGCCAUGGCACAUGAAAAUUCAAACUGGUCCAAAUUGUUUGAUUUGAAUAUAUUUUAAUACAUAACAUUAUAUAAGAAUAUUAGACUAGGUUCGAUUAGGCUCCGCCCCCUUAAGGAAAAGCGUAGGAUUACUGUAGCUCUGAAAACUAGAAAAACCCAUAAUUUUUCUAGCGACUCAAACUCAACGCCAUCGUGUUCCUCGCAUCUUUUUGAGUAUUUUUUGUGUUAAUACUAAAAAUUUAGCACCCUUCAUUCAACUUCAAAAACUGAGUUUUAAUGAAAAUUUCCGGAAUCUUCUCGAACUUUUCAAUUUUCCGAGAGACAUUUUUCCGAGAGUGCUGUGCGUGAAUUUUAUUUCAGAAUAUGAAUCUAUAUAAAAUUUGACAUCGGUCACCUCAAAGACCGUUCAAAAAUAUGGGGUAUAAUGUUUUGUACUAAUAUAUAUUAAAAUCAAACAAUUUGGAUCAGUUUGUAUUUUCAUGUGCCAUCGGUCCUUUUCGGAGAAUGUGUGUUAAGAACUUUACUGGAUCCAAAUGAAAUUAUUUUGUUCCAGUAGAUUGGAACACAUGGAAUUCCGAAGAGGUGACAUCACGCUUACCAUGAUUCCAUUUCAUAAACAAAUUGGUUUGGAUGCUAUUCUUUGCGCCCUUCUCAAUGGUUUGACAGUGGUUACCGAGAGGACGUUCUGCGUGCAUACAUUCAUGACAUGUAUUCAGAGACACAAAGUGAGUAUUAUCCAUUCAAGUUGCGUUUCGCGCAGUAUGGUUACUGUAACUUUUUUUUUCAGAUUCGAGCUGUUCAUUUGACUCCAUAUUUGAUGAACUUGAUGAUUUUUGAAACAGAAAACCACAAUUACAAUAUAGAAACUCUGGAGUGGGUGGUCACUGGUGCAGAUGCGGUCACUGAAGAACUUUAUGAAGAGUUCGUCGACUGUUUUCCGUCGGUGAAGUGUGUUACUCAGAGUUCGUUAAGAAAAAUGACCCAUCAAAAAAAAUCUAUCAGAAUUUCAGCAUACGGAAUGACAGAAGUCGGUCUGAUAUCACGCACAUACGAUGAAAAAUUCUCCAACUCGUGUGGUCAAUUGACUGCCAAUCUUGAAAUGAAAGUUCUCGACAUUCUGACCGGUAAAGAAUUGGGUCCACGCGAGAAGGGACAAAUCUGUGUGAAAGGCCUUUCCGCCGAUUCGCCUUAUUUGAAUAAUCCGAAGGCGACAGAAGAACAUUUCAUUGAUGGAUGGCGAAGAACCGGAGAUAUUGGAUACUUUGAUGAGAAUGAGAAUAUUCACAUAGUGGAUAAGUUGAAAGAAAUGAUCAAAGUGUUCGGAUAUCAAGUUAUUCCUAAGGAGAUUGAAACACUUCUUUUGACUCAUCCUGCGGUAGAAGAAGCUGCUGUAGUGGCCAUUAACAAUGAGUUGUCUGGAGAAAGGCCCGUAGCGUUCGUAGUACUGAAAAAAGGCCAAGGGGCUAGCGAAGACGAUCUGAAAGACUACGUGAACAGUAAGCUCAAACACUACAGACCGUCCACCAAAUCUACUUUCUUAGAGCGUGUGAUCCGAUACAAACAUCUCGUACGUGUCAACAUCACACAGUUCCUGCCAAAGUCUGCUUGUGGUACUUUGCUCCGUCGUCUGCUCGCCGAGGCUGCUGUCUUAUCAGUUGCGUCUAUCGGCGAAGUGGAGAAGGAGUUUAUUUCAUUAGCAGUGGAGCAUCCGAAAAGUAAACGCUUAUUGACCAGUUAAACAUGUUUGUUUGUUUGUAUUGUUUUGCAGAUCUCUCUGUUAAAAUAACUUGUAAACAGUUGUAAUAAACGUAGUAAGAAUUCUCCACUGGUCUUUGAAGCUUAUCCAAGCUCUCAUUUGCAUGAAUUAGAGAAUCAGAAGCAAAAACCCGCCUAAACUGGAUCACCCCAGGAAGCAAACUUCAUUUGCAUACCGCUAUAUAAUAAAAGUGAGGAGUAUCCUGAAAGAAUUCGGAAAUGGCCUCUUCAGAACUCAUCGUCGUCGGUUCUUCUCUUCUCAUAUUUCUAUCUGUUGGCUUUUUUGUGCUGCAGACAAAGCAAGAUUUAGAUCAAGUUUGGGAGAGUUUCGAUAAUGAAAUCGCUUCUGCGACGGUAAAUCUUUGCUGGACUUUCUGCUUGCAUUUUAGGGUUCAGGUACUUCGAGAUGCCACAUGGAACGACUUGCAAGCGUUGGCAGCUGCCAAGAACAUCCCGGACAGAUCGAAAAGACAGAGUUAUUAUGAGAAAGUUGCUGACUCUUACGCUUUGCCUCCUUCGCUAGGAGUUGAAGCGCAGGCACCUUCUAUUUCUCCUGAAUGCAGUGCGUAACUUUUGGAUAAUUUCAAAAAGCGUUAAAAAAUCAAUUACAGACUGCAAUCUAGAAAACAACAACUGUCCAGCUGGACCACCGGGACCUAAAGGACAAUCUGGACUCGAUGGACCCCCUGGACAAGAUGGCGCUCCAGGCAAGAUGGGCUUCAUCUCUGGAGACGUUCAGACAAUUCAUGUCGACCCCGGGUGCCAGUAUUGCCCUGUUGGAGAAAUGGGUCCACCUGGAGCACCCGGAAAGAUCGGACCACGAGGCCAACGAGGUCAGAAUGGAACGCCAGGAACACCAGGGCACAAUGGAACGCCUGGACAUAAUGGAGAACCUGGUUCAUGCGGGCCUUCGGGGCCACCAGGACCAGCUGGAGCUAUUGGACGAAGAGGAAUGGACACAGUACGUGAAAAAGGAAUCCGAGGACCGAAAGGAGCUCCGGGAGCUGUUGGACGAGCUGGACCUGACGGAGAAAGAGGAAAUCGGGGAGGACUUGGAGUUGAUGGACCGACAGGACCAAUUGGAAUUCAGGGAGAACCUGGAAGGACUGGAAAUGUAGGAGAGCCUGGAGAAGUCGGUGUUACUGGACCAAAUGGACAGGAUGCUUUGGUAUUCUUUGAAACUCCUUUCCAUAACUAAAAAAUGUCAUUUCAGUAUUGUCCAUGCCCGAAGAGAGCUCCAACAGGUGGCGCCGGUGGAGGCGUUUAUCAGCCUUACAAACAGUGA